AUGGAAAUAUCUUCAACGAUUCUUUCUGAAUUAAAACAAAGAAUCAAUUCAUUAGAGGAUAAUGAGUAUAAAGUAAUUUUUCAGAUAAUAGAAAAUAUCUUGGAACAACACUGUCAAAAAGUAGUAAAGAAAGAAAAUUCAAAUACAUUUAUUCCAAUAUUACCUUUUAUUAGUAAAACAUUUUCUAAGAAACUUAGUUUUAGUGAAGAUACUUCAACAAAUAAAUCAUAUGAUAAAGAAGAACAAACUGUUUGCCCAUAUUCAACUGAAGAAUUAAGACAAAAAGAUAUCAUUAAAACAUUAGAAGAAUGGAGUGAAAGAAAACGAAUGGAAAUACUUUUUGAUUCUGACGUUGAAGGAUUUGAAAUAGGAAAUGAAACUUUUUCAAGAAAAGUCAUGAAAAAAUCACAUUUAUUUAUCAUAGUGAUUGCAACUAAUCAAGACAUUUUUGGAGGAUUUAUUUCUCACAGAAUAAAAGAAGUUAAUAUUGAAAUUAAUGAUCCUAAAUCAUUUGUCUUUUCAUUAUAUAAAAAUAAAAGGUAUCAAAAAUUAAAAUUUCCUUUUAAAGGAAAUAAAAUUGGUGAAUCAUAUUGUUUAUAUAGUGCGGAAAAUGAUUUUUUAAUUACAUUUGGUGAAGGGGUAGAUAUACAAAUUGCAAAAACAAAAGGUAUAGGAAGAAGCUCUUGUGAACCAUUUUCAUAUGAAUACAAUGGAGAUAAACAUCCAUUAACAUCUACUUAUGAUUUUAUUCCAGAAAGAAUUAUUGCAAUUAAAAUGUAUUAA